AUGGUAUUAAUUGCUUUUCAAAUUUUCUGGCAAAAUGAAGGCUUAGGCAUUCAACAAUACAUGUCUCCUCACACAAAGGGGCCUCAUAAUGGUGAGACAAGGAUUGUAAUAGAAAUGGGGUAUUAUGGAGAAUAUGUGGAUAUAGCUAGGAGAUCACUUGAACUAUGGAGAUAAUAACAAGACACAACCAGUGAAUAAAUAAUUGAGGAGGAAUCGUAUUUGGAGAAUAGAGUAAUGCUCAAUUUCGGAAUCAAACAUAAAUCUACAACAAAAGUCUCUAAUAUUAAAACAUCAGAAUGUACAAUCUAAGUUCCCAUCAAGACCGCUUAAGACUAAUCAUUUUACUUUGAUAAAUACCUGGGUUUGUAAGACCAGAGAUAGCAAUUUCCAUCUUUAUUUAUUAUAGUGAAUCAAAAGGAGGAAAAGUUGUCAAUAAUUGCAGAUGUAUCAUUCAUGAGUAUUUUAAAGGAGAAAUAAGGUUAAAAUAAUUUUAGUUGUUUUUUUAAUUUAUUAAAGCAAUAGAAAAGUUAAAAGUGACAAUCUUUUUAUCUUAACUUAUUGAUAAAAAGGAGAUUAAAUUCAAGUUUUACACUGAUUUAGGUGUGUUUAGAGCCAAUAAGUUGAUUUUAUCACAUGGAAUGGGAUUAAAGUGA